AUGCAGUCCAUGCCAUUGCUGCUCCGGCAGUCGCUCAAGGCCCCGGGACUCUCUACGUUGUCGAGGUCUACUACUACCACCGCUACUACCGCUACCCGUCCGAUACGCAUUCCGUCCGCUGCUCCGAGCGCCCUGCUCAAGGGGAAUAAUGAAUUGAUAUUGGGAUUUUCGGCUGGUCGACGGCGUCAAUUCCAUUCACAUGUUCGAUUCUACUCUCAAGAAUCAGAAAGAAAUAAUAAUGUGAAGGAGGGUGCCCCGGCUUCGGCUCCAAAAGAAAGCUCGGAACAUAACUUGGCUUUUACGCUGCCGCAGGAAGCAGACGUGCCCAAGUCGAAUGAUGUGCAUGCGAAUUUGAAUACUGAGAGUCAGCAACGGGAUUUAUUUGCGAGCGGGGUGAGUGCUGAGAAUGCACAGCAUGCGCAGAGGCAGGGUUUGGACGGAAAGAAGGACAAGGAUAUCGAAAGUGGCAAUGGCAAGGGAGGUGGCCUUCCGUCGUAUCUGGAAAACCGCAGGUCACGGUAUUCAAAGCAGUUCACAGAGAUGAUGGAUAAUUUGCAAUCGAAUGUUUUCGUGGCAGGGCAGCGGCUGAAUGAUUUGACUGGGUAUUCGUCUAUUGAGGCAUUGAAAAAGGAAAUUGAGACCCAAGAGGAACGCCUUCGAGCCGCUCGUCGUCACGUCCGCGAAGCAAAAGACGACUACGCAUCCGCUAUCAACCGCCGCUCCACCUCCCAACGCGAAGUCAACGAACUCCUCCAACGGAAACACGCCUGGUCCGCCUCCGAUCUCGAGCGCUUUACUCACCUCUACCGCAACGACCACACCAACGAGGUCGCCGAAGUCGAUGCCCAAGAAGCGCUCUCCAAAGCCGAGCGCGAAGCCGAAGAAUCAGCGACAAAAUUGAGCAGAAGCAUCCUCUCCCGGUACCACGAAGAGCAGGUCUGGUCUGACAAAAUCCGCCGCAUGAGUACCUGGGGUACAUGGGGAUUAAUGGGUGUCAACGUCUUCCUCUUCCUCAUCUUCCAAAUCGGCGUGGAACCCUGGCGCCGCAAGCGACUCGUCAAGGGCUUCGAAGAAAAAGUCAUCGAAGCCCUGGAGAAGGAAAAAGCCCUCACCUACGAAGAGCACCAGCAACAACUCGCGGCCGCUACAGCCGCGGCUACAGCUACCGCCACUGCCGCCACGCAAACCAAGGACUCCGUUCAGGAACAAACAUCCGAAAUCCCUGCCUCUGCAGCAACACAAACAGACCAGACUUAUCUCGACUUCAGCAAGUCCCAACUCUCGCACAUCUCCCCUCCCUCUACAACUGUCGACUCGUGGCGUCGCACCCUCGACGACCUUCUCAGCUCUCGUACCCUUAUCCUCAUCACACAGCAUGAUCUUACCACCGUUGCCGUGCAGAGUGCUGCGGCCGGUGCGGCGGUUAUGGGUCUAGUGAUUGCGCUUAUUCGACCGCGGUAG